UUAAAUCGUUGAGCAUGCGUAGAAUGUAGGGGACGUCAGUUAGUGUAUCUAGGCGGUGGUGAGCACAGAAAGGUUGGCUACGAUGUCGUCACAGUUGGAAAUGAAUGAAGAAUUUAUGAAAGCGGUGGAGAGAGGUGAUAGUAUAACAUAUAUAACGUGUCUUUUGAAUAUGGGAGUUGAUAUCAAUACACAUGAUGAAUAUGGGAACACUCUUCUGAUACAAGCGUGUUUGAAUAAGAACAAGGAAAUGGUGGAGUUUCUGCUCACUAAAUCAGCAGAUGUUAAUGGGGCUGGUGAGAAGGGGUGGACGGCUUUGAUUGUAGCAGUACUGCUUGGAUGUGAUGAUAUUGUGGAGGUGUUAUUGAACGUCAAAGAUGUUAAUGUGAUGAAGAAAGAUGAUGGGGGAAUGACAGCCAUACAUCAUGCUGCAAUGUGGAAUCACGUGAUCAUUGUAGAGAGACUUUUGUCUUGUUCUGUUCCUGCUGAUAUCAAUGAUAAUAUUGGUUGUACACCACUGUGUUGGGCUGCCUGUCUUGGUCAUGUGUGUUGUGUUGAUGUUCUCCUAAAACAUGGAGCGAGUCCCAAACAUAAGAGUGAGUUGUUAGGAUCACCACUGGAGAUUGCCAAGGAAAAGGGUCACAGUGAUGUGGUUGAGAUGAUGAAAGAAGCCAUAAGAUUGACAUCUCAUCCUUAUGUGGAGGGUCGCAUGUCUGUCAUGAGACAUCAAUACCAACAGACAAUUGCUCAACAGGAGAGUGAGAUUAUGCGUCUCAGAACGGCAACAGCUGAUACAGUAUGACGAGCACACACACACACACACACACACACACACACACACACACACACACACACACACACGCACACACACACAACUUUGUCUUUCGAUUUAGUUUGACUUCAGCCCUACAUUGGAUCCCUGAAAUUUUGACAUCAACAGAUGAGAUACAUUCACACGUUCAUUUUCAAUGUGAGAAGUGGGAGCAGAGUCAGUUGUAAGGACCCUCAUUGAGAAAUUAACCUGCUGUAGAUCUACUCUACUGUUAAUCAGUUGAAUGUAACAUAGAACUCAGUAGAAUACAACUCGUAUACACAAUGCAAUGGAAAUCUACUUCAUUAAAAUGUACAAUACAGCAUGAGUAGUUGCAAUAAUACCAACUCAACUGUUUCAUCCAUCAAUUAUAUCAAAU